GGGCUCCCGGCUCCCGGAAGAGGCGGCCGCGGCGUGGAGCCGAGCGGGCGUCCAUCCCCGAAGCGGCAAUGCGCGGUGGCUGGAGGCUGUGACUUGAGCGCGGCGGCCCGGUUGGGGCCGCUGAUUGGCGCCUCGUUGAGGCGGUGGCUCUGGCUCUGGCUCCUCCAGGCGUAGCGUGGCGGCGGCCGAGGUGAUGCUGCUCAAGCUCUUGCAGAGACAGACCUAUACCUGCCUGUCCCACAGGUAUGGGCUCUACGUCUGUUUCGUGGGCGUCGUUGUCACCAUCGUCUCCGCUUUCCAGUUCGGAGAGGUGGUCCUGGAAUGGAGCCGGGAUCAAUACCACGUUUUGUUUGAUUCCUACAGAGACAAUAUUGCUGGAAAGUCCUUUCAGAAUCGGCUCUGUCUGCCCAUGCCGAUCGACGUGGUGUACACCUGGGUGAAUGGCACUGACCUUGAACUGCUGAAGGAACUCCAGCAAGUCAGGGAACAGAUGGAAGAGGAGCAGAAGGCAAUGAGAGAAAUCCUUGGCAAGAACACAACAGAACCAACUAAGAAGAGUGAGAAGCAGCUGGAAUGUUUGCUGACACACUGCAUUAAGGUGCCAAUGCUUGUCCUGGACCCAGCCCUGCCGGCCAACAUUACACUGAAGGACCUACCAUCUCUUUACCCUUCUUUUCAUUCUGCCAGCGACAUAUUCAAUGUUGCAAAACCUAAAAACCCUUCCACUAAUGUUUCAGUUGUUGUUUUCGACAGUACUAAGAAUGUUGAAGAUGCCCACACUGAAAUGUUCAAGGGAAACAGCAAGCAGACAGUUUGGAGAGGCUAUUUGACAACAGAUAAAGAAGUCCCUGGGCUAGUGCUAAUGCAAGACUUGGCUUUCCUGAGUGGGUUUCCACCAACAUUCAAGGAAACAAACCAACUAAGAACAAAAUUGCCAGAAAAUCUUUCUUCUAAAAUAAAACUGUUGCAGCUGUAUUCAGAGGCCAGUGUAGCCCUUCUGAAAUUGAACAACCCCAAAGAUUUCCAAGAACUGAGUAAGCAGACCAAGAAGAACAUGACCAUUGAUGGGAAAGAACUGACCAUAAGUCCUGCAUAUUUGUUAUGGGAUCUGAGUGCCAUCAGCCAGUCUAAGCAGGAUGAAGAUGUUUCUGCCAGCCGUUUUGAAGAUAAUGAAGAGCUGAGAUACUCACUGAGAUCUAUUGAGAGGCAUGCACCGUGGGUUCGGAAUAUUUUCAUUGUCACCAAUGGGCAGAUUCCAUCCUGGCUGAACCUUGAUAAUCCUCGAGUAACAAUAGUAACACACCAGGAUGUUUUUCGAAACUUGAGCCAUUUGCCUACCUUUAGUUCACCUGCUAUUGAAAGUCACAUUCAUCGCAUCAAAGGACUGUCCCAGAAGUUUAUUUACCUGAAUGAUGAUGUCAUGUUUGGGAAGGAUGUGUGGCCAGAUGAUUUUUAUAGUCACUCCAAAGGUCAGAAGGUUUACCUGACGUGGCCUGUGCCGAACUGUGCCGAGGGCUGCCCGGGCUCCUGGAUCAAGGACGGCUACUGUGACAAGGCCUGUAACAAUUCAGCCUGUGAUUGGGACGGCGGUGAUUGCUCCGGUAACAGCGGAGGGAGCCGCUAUGGCGCAGGAGGCGGGGGAACUGGCAGUAUUGGAGUUGGACAGCCCUGGCAGUUUGGAGGAGGAAUAAACAGUGUCUCCUACUGUAAUCAAGGAUGCGCAAACUCCUGGCUCGCUGAUAAGUUCUGUGACCAAGCCUGCAAUGUCUUGUCCUGUGGGUUUGAUGCUGGUGACUGUGGGCAAGAUCAUUUUCACGAAUUAUAUAAAGUGACUCUUCUCCCAAACCAGACUCACUAUGUUAUUCCAAAAGGUGAAUGCCUGCCUUAUUUCAGCUUUGCAGAAAUAGCCAAAAGGGGAAUCGAAGGCGCCUAUAGUGACAACCCAAUAAUUCGACAUGCUUCUAUAGCCAAUAAGUGGAAAACCAUCCACCUCAUAAUGCACAGCGGAAUGAAUGCAACCACGAUACAUUUUAAUCUCACACUUCAAAGUAAAAACGACAAAGAGUUCAAAAUCCAGAUAGCAGUCGAGGUUGACACAAGAGAGGAACCGAAACUGAAUUCUACAACCCAGAGGUCCUACCAAGCUUUGGUUAGCCCCGUAACACUUCUUCCGGAGGUGGAAAUCCCAUUUGAGGAUAUUCCCGAAGAAAAACGCUCCCCAAAGAUCAAGAGACGUGAUGUUAAUACAACAGGGAGACCCCAAGAGGAGGUGGAAAUUCCCCUGGUAAAUAUUUCACUCCUUCCAAAAGAGGUCCAGCUGCAUCUCAAGAACCUGGAUUUGCAGCUGGAACGUGGAGACAUCACUAUGAAAGGAUACAACCUGUCCAAGUCAGCCUUGCUGAAAUCGUUUCUGGUAAACUCACAGGAUGCCGAAAUAAAAAUAAACCAAGCCAUCGUAACAGAUGCAAGAAGUGAGAAUUUGGAGGCCCCACUGGUAAACGAGCUUCACAAAAGCACCUUGCCGAACAGCUUAGGAGCACCUGAAAGAUUACAGAGGUCCACUUUUCCAGGACGGACAGUAAAAGUGAAUGGCCACUACCGGCGUCAGACUCCACCACUGGCCGCGGAAACCAAAGCAAGCUUUAGAUCUGAAACUCAGACCCGAAAAAGAGGAGGCAGAAAUGCGUCAAAAGAAGAGCUCUCUUCUCUGGUUGUUCCACUGGAAAGACAUGUGCUGAGAGAAAAGGCAAUCAUGGGGAAAGAACAAGAGAAAAACAGAGUGGAGGACCGUGCUGAAAAUCACUUACAUGGUAAUGAAGUAUUACCUGGAAGAAAACUGCAGCAGUACACAGACAGUUACCCGGGGUUUUUGCCAUGGGAGAAAAAAAAGUAUUUUCAAGAUCUUCUUGAUGAAGAAGAGUCAUUGAAAACCCAACUGGCGUACUUUACUGACAGCAAACAUACUGGCAGGCAACUAAAAGAUACAUUUGCAGACUCCCUCCGAUAUGUAAACAAAAUUCUAAACAGCAAGUUCGGAUUCACAUCUAGGAAAGUCCCUGCCCACAUGCCUCACAUGAUCGACCGAAUAGUUAUGCAAGAAUUACAAGACAUGUUCCCUGAAGAAUUUGACAAGACGUCAUUUCACAAAGUGCGCCACUCUGAGGAUAUGCAGUUUGCCUUCUCUUAUUUUUAUUACCUCAUGAGUGCAGUUCAGCCACUGAAUAUAUCUCAAGUUUUUGAUGAAGUUGAUACUGACCAGUCUGGUGUCCUAUCUGACAGAGAAAUCCGAACACUAGCUACCAGAAUUCAUGACCUGCCUUUAAGUUUGCAGGAUUUAACGGGUCUGGAGCACAUGUUAAUAAAUUGCUCAAAAAUGCUUCCUGCUAACAUCACUCAGCUCAGCAACAUUCCACCAACUCAGGAAGCAUACUAUGACCCCAAUCUGCCACCCGUCACUAAAAGUCUAGUAACCAACUGUAAACCAGUAACUGAUAAAAUCCACAAAGCGUAUAAGGACAAAAACAAAUAUAGGUUUGAAAUCAUGGGAGAAGAAGAAAUUGCUUUUAAAAUGAUUCGUACCAAUGUUUCUCAUGUGGUUGGCCAAUUGGAUGAUAUAAGAAAAAAUCCAAGGAAGUUUGUUUGCCUGAAUGACAACAUUGACCAUAAUCAUAAAGAUGCCCAGACAGUAAAAGCCGUUCUCAGAGACUUCUAUGAAUCCAUGUUCCCUGUACCAUCCCAGUUCGAGCUGCCCAGAGAGUAUAGAAACCGUUUUCUACAUAUGCAUGAACUGCAGGAAUGGAGAGCAUAUCGAGACAAGUUGAAGUUUUGGACUCAUUGUGUACUAGCAACUUUGAUUAUGUUCACUGUAUUCUCAUUUUUUGCUGAACAGUUAAUCGCACUUAAGCGGAAGAUAUUUCCCCGAAGAAGGCUACAGAAAGAAGCAAGUCCCGAUCGAAUCAGGGUAUAGAAGAUCUUCAUUUGAAAAUGAUCUACCUCAGCAUUCACUGAGCAUUUGAAAGCUUGACAUCGCAGAGGUGUCUUCAUGACGUGAUGCUUGGCCAGCUUGGCCCAAAGAAGGAAAAACAUCCAGUACAAUACUCGUUGUGUGGCGUGAAUAUAGCCUCCUGACCAGGGAUUAUUUAACCAACGCACUAAAAACUUGUGUGGUGACUAGUUCUGAACUGGUUUUACCUUUAAAGUAUUUGCUCGUGGACUUGUCAUUCUUUUCAUGAAAAGGCUCACUGACAAGAGACAGCUGCCACGUUCCCACGGCAACCAUUGCCAACUAACUUUAACGUGAGAAGCCCAGGCCAGCUUGGGAUUGUGGAGAGACCUCGAUGUUGCAUUCCAAAGCCUUUUGCUAUGGUUUUACAUUUUUGGUCUUUUUGUUUUUUCUUUUUCCCACUUCUCAUUUUUAAAAUAGGUAGCUACUAAGUUAACUAGGUUUAUUUUUGCUUCUGAAAAUAAUGAAUUGGAAUGUCUAAACAUGUUUUUAUAGAUAUUUAAAUAAUGCAGCAAUAUCACCUAUUGGAAAUAUCUAAAUUAUGAAUUUUAUUAAUGUUUAAGGCUCUUAAGUGGGCUUAAAUAACUUAUAACUACUGAGAAGCUCAGUGACUGACAUCUUAAAUACUUUGUCAUUGUUUACUUUAGCCCCUAAGAAUACUGUGACUUUAUAUGAUAGCCUAAUUACAAAGGGCUAGAGUUAAGUAGCAGAGCUACUUUUCAGAUGUAAUUAAUUAUGUUUUGGAAAUGUACAUAGAUAAACAGAAGUGCCUCAUUUUAGAAAUGAGUCCUGCUGAUGGUACUGGCACAUUACAGUGUUGUCUUUUUUUAUACCCAUCAGUAUAUUCCAGUCGGUUUCAUAAAUGCAGGGAUCGGCAAUCUUUUUCUGUAAAAAGCCACAUAGUGAAUAUUUGCAGGCCACACCUGUCUCUGUUACAUUUACUUCCUUAUUGUUUAGUCAGUUUAAAACAUUUUUUUAACCUUUAAAAAUGGCAAAACCAUGUUUCACUUAUAGCUGUAUGAGAACAGGCCACCAGCUGGAUUUGGCCUGCAGGCUGUUGUUGACUGAUGAUUGGGAUAGAAAAUUUGUAUUUAUCUAUGACAUUCAGCCACAUUUUAUUUAUAUCAUUGUGCAGUGGACUUCUGGAGACCGGAUUCCAUGAGUCCUUUUUGAACUCUGAGAAGUAUUUAGAUCAGGAUCUCAACAGUAUUCUUUCAAAAUGGCACACAUAUUUUGUAAAAAAGAACUUGUGAUGUAAAUAUUGUGUUUGUGCUGUAAGAAUUAUGUAUUUCAAAAACUGAAGUCUCCCAACAACCUACAUUUUGUCUAAUGCUUGAUUUUUAAAUCUUUGAAGAGUGAGUUUAUUCUGUAGUCACUUGAGCGCUUAUACUGUGUGUCAGGAUCUGUGCUGAACACUACUGGAAGUAAGUGGAGAGUAGUGUAAGGCUGUGGUAGUAUUAUAAUUUACUGGGGAAUGUCAUUUUGUAGGGGGAAGUAAUUUUUAAAUGGGAUUUAUCAUGUAAAAAUUUAGGGGGUGUCUGGGUCCAUUUUAAAAGUGAAGAAUUUAUUCUAGAAAGGUAGAGAAAUGAUUGGGUGUGAUGGAGAUUUCUGAGGUUUGGGGUGUAAUUCACAUCUAAUUAUAUCAAGAGUUUAGUAGAUAAUGGGAUGAAUAUUAGAAUCAUAGAAUAUUCAUAGAAUCAUUCAUCUAAUGAUUCUGUAGAAUCAUUAAGGAUAGAGGAACCUCAGAAGUUGAUGAGUAAUCAAGUGGUUUCAAAAUUUUUAAAGCCUCAGAAUCAUUUUCGUUCAAAUGAAAUUCUGUUGAAAGCCAGUGUGAAUACAGAGGAAGGAAAGCCAUUCAUCUUGCUUCACACCAAAGUGGUGCCGCCAAAUUCCUAGGCCUCACAGGCAGAGUUUCAACCCUACCUGGACCAUGCCCUGCAUUUUAUCUAUAACCAGGUUCAGGGAGAUUAUGUGACUUGCCCAAGGUCUGACAGCCAGUUAGAGGGAAAGAUGGAUUGGAGCCCAAGUUACCUUGUUUCUUUUUCCCCACCCCCAGCAGGCCAUGUUGACUCCCCAUGACGGAAUGUGACAAGCAGGUGAAGUUCCCACUCUGCAGUCAGAUUUCUGGGCUUUAAGUCCUAGAUCCUGGACAUUGUUUGCUACGAUUCAGUUUUCUAAAAUGUGGGAGGCAAUACUGGUGUCUAAAGGAAAUGACAUGUAAUGCAACCUGCACAAUGCCUAGUAAAUUCAGUGGUGAUGAUGGUAGCGGUGAAAAUUGGUAUAAAGGAUCAUAUCCAGGCUAGGGGUGAGGUUCUUAGUAUAGACAGGAUGAAAUGAUUACAUUGCCCUUAGGUAAGCAACACAUUUUUUAAUUGAAAAACAUUUUUUGCCUACUUUAUUUUUCUCAAAAGUGUUUUUUAAAAAGAUUCUUUUACACACACCACAAAGUAUAUAAAUAAUAACCAACAGAUCAAGGAUCUAAAAGGAAAAUAUAAUCAGUUCAGAUCAUCAAAACAUUUAAGAGAGAAACAGCACCAACCCCACACACAUUCUUCCAGGCUGUAGAAAAGAGAAGGAAAACUCCUUGAGGCCAAUACAAACCCACACCAAAGCCUAGCUCAGUUACCACCAGAAAGGAAAACCAUCGGUCAUCGAUCUCAUGGAUCCCAAAUGAAACACUAUUAAGCCAAAAUUAGUUAUUCCCCAAAGGAGCAACUUCUUACAAUCAAGGUGACUGUACCCCAGGAAUACAAGGUUGGCCCAACGCUUCAAAUUCACAUGGCCAGGACCAAAAAGAGAAUGCAUGAUGAUCUCAACAGACCUUUCUUUAAAAAAGAUUAUUAUAAAACUUUUUAAAGUAGUCUAGCACAAGGACUUCCCAUCUGUUCAUCAGUUAUUGAGAUCUGGCCACACUUGUUCGCUCGGUUCUCUUAUUUGUUGAUAUAUUUUAAACUGAAUCUCAGACUUCAUGGAGACAGGAAUACAGGGCCUCAGCUGUUGGGCGAUGAGGGGUUUCUUGCCAGUGUAAUUCUCCUUCCCAUUUGCGUUAAUAGCUGUGUCUUAGCACCUUCUGUGUACUAAAUGCUUUCUGUUCAUAAUCUCAUUUCAUCCUCAUCAUAUCCCUGGGUUACCUUUGGGGCCUAACCAGUUUAAGUGCCUUGCUUGAGGUCUAACUGUUAAGUGGCAGAACACCAGCUUUUGACCUAAGUCACUCCAAAAUUUGCUCCUAGCCACCAAGACUCACUUGAGUUUGCAAGGGACAAAUUGUAACUCAACCUGCUUAAGGAAAAGAACAAGGAAGCAUGAAGAAGACAGGUACUCUGCCAGGACUGUUGCUCAAUACAGCCCAUCCCUGUCUCUCUGUGUGUUAGCCUUUCUCCUCAUUGUGGGUUCGUAGCAGCUCCUGGCUUGUCUCUCAUGAAACAGGAUGCAUCCUCUGGUUUCAAAGGUAGAAAACCUUGGUGGAGAUACGUUACUCUGAUUGGCUUAGUCUGGGUUCUGUGGCCAGGAGGGUGGAGACUUACCAAAAGAAGGGGGGAGGGGUUCUGGGCUACCCCAAACACUAGCUUCACAGAAUAAGGAUUGGGUGCACAUGGAAGAACAAAUUUCUAGAUUAUUCAAAUUGGAGGUAAGCUGCCAUACUGAAAGCAAUUGGAAAAAUCAAAUUUGUUGAUUAGAAUACAGUGAACCUUAUAAAUUUUUCAUUGUUGAAAGGAUUCAAAGAAAUGUUUGUAAAGCAAACCCUGCCACACAACAAAUACUCUAUAGAUGGUUCACUAUUAUGAUUCACCAUUGGUCCCAAGUUAUUUUUUUGACUUUCCUCUGCUUUUCCUCCACUGCCAGUCUCAACUGUGGCCACCUACUGUGCCAGCCACGUUGCAUUUUCCCAAACACACCAUGUAUUGUACUUUUAUGCCUCUAUAUCCUCUCAAAUGCUGCUAUUGCUUGACUUGCUGUUUCUUUCUUAUCUAUCCGUUAAACUCCUCACACCUCAAGGUCCAUCACCAAAAGUUCAUCUACUGAGUUUUCCAAGAAACUGACUAUAUCACCUUGAGUUCUUUGACACAAUAAGGAAAUAAGGAAUGGAAUGUUUAGGCUUUCAAAUGGCCUUAACAAGAUAAUACAUAACUGGUUACU